GCCGCGGAGACGUCAGUCAGCCUUGUGCGCGCACGGCCGCUGGUACGCCUCGUGCAAAUUCGUACAGCGUAAACUGAUUAUUCCCCCCACCACCACCACCACCCCCGGGGUGUUUUUUUUUUAUUCCCGUAGUCAAGGGCAACCGCCGAGUUAUCCUGCCGUCGAUGGACGGCAACUUUUCUACCUUAUUCUGCCUCUUCCUGCGCUGACAACACCGGGCUCGUCGUAACCUUCGCGUUUUUUGAAGGCGUCUUCCUUUUUAUAGUCGGGACUUCCAACAGAGAAAAAAUCUGCCGGACCCCCCUCCACCACCACCACCACCCCGCACCCCCGCACCAGGAAUAUACGCUUGGGAUCAAAGCAAUAUGUUACUUUCCAAAUUCGGCUCCUUCUCUCACAUUUGCAGCACGUCCAGCAUGGAUUUACCGGUGAAGAUACAGCUCCAGCCAGCAAAGUCAGAAAGGGAACCGUUCGAGAAGGUCUACCAUGUGGGACCCGUGCUCGGCAGCGGCGGAUUCGGCACGGUGUACGCCGGCAGCCGCAUCUCCGACGCUCUGCCGGUGGCCGUAAAACACGUGUCGAAGGAGAGGGUGACCGAAUGGGGCACUAUGAACGGCGCCGUGGUCCCGCUGGAGAUCGUGCUGCUGAAGAAAGUGGGCGCCGCGUUCAGAGGCGUCGUCAAGCUCAUCGACUGGUACGAGCGGCCGGACGGGUGGCUCAUCAUCAUGGAGAGGCCGGAGACGGUGAAGGAUUUGUUCGACUACAUCACGGAGAAGGGGGCCCUGGACGAGGACACGGCGCGCGGUUUCUUCCGCCAGGUGCUGGAGGCGGUGCGGCACUGCUACAGCUGCGGCGUCGUCCAUCGGGACAUCAAAGAUGAAAACCUGCUGGUGGAUUUGCGCACCGGGGACCUGAAGCUCAUCGACUUCGGCUCGGGGGCGAUUCUCAAGGACACCGUGUACACGGACUUCGAUGGGACCAGAGUGUACAGUCCGCCAGAAUGGAUAAGAUUUCAUCGUUAUCAUGGCCGGUCAGCCACUAUAUGGUCCCUGGGUGUCCUCUUGUACGACAUGGUGUGCGGCGACAUCCCCUUUGAACAGGAUGAGGAGAUUCUCAGGGGUCGCCUGUUCUUCAGGCGGAAAGUCUCGAUCGAGUGUCAACAGCUCAUCAAGUGGUGUCUGUGCUUGCGGCCCUCUGACCGACCCACUCUGGAGCAGAUCUUUGAUCACCCUUGGAUGCGGGUAGCAGGCGAGGAGCCCAAGACCGGGAGCGGAGACAUUACACUUCACGCCAUCAGCACCACAGACUCCAGCACAAACUCCAGCAAAGAGAGCCUAUGAUUGAUUGAUGGGAUGCUGUAAGGAGAAAGACAUUGACAGGGGCCCCGCCCCCAGGACUGAUUAACUGAACUCUUGACUAUCGUCGUUGACAACCAUAGGCUUCCUCUUAACUAUCAAUGAUGCUUCGAGGAGUUAUUUGCUCGUGGAGGAACGUUUUUUUUUCUUCUUUUUUGUUUUUUGGUUUUUUUUGGGUGGUCUUAUGGCAUUAUUUUGAUUUCUAGAAUUUUAGGGUUGGUUUGUGCUCACAGCAACGCCCCCUUCUGUUCAGAGACUUAAGCAGCUCUUAUAGAGCUUCAGUUUUUUUUUUUUUUUUUUUUUGUAUCCUUGAUUUGGAGUGCCUUGCUUUGAAAGCUGCUUAGGGUGUGGCCUUCGUCAUAUUAACCCAGAAUUGGUCAAAUUGGGGAAAAAUUAAUGUGUGUAUAUGGAUGGGGGUUGGUCAAAGAAGGGUGAACCCUCGUACCUCUUCCCUCAAAGCCUAUCCCAAGGGCAGCAAAAGGGUUAUUACGACAAAGGAUCCCUGCCCACUGACAUGGUGGAAUACUUGAAACGCACACUCAAUACUCUCAACACUACACCUCUCUCUCUCUCUCUCUCUCUCUCUUUGUGUCUCUGCCUCUGCUGCUGCUCUCUCACUCACUGGAAAUGCCUGCUCUUUGCUGUAUCAGAAUGGGGUUCUCAUCAGUUUAUCUGAUUGUGUUCUGAAAGCAUCAACAGCUCUCUCUCUCUCUCUCUCUGUCCGUCUGAAUGGUUUGUAAAGGGCUCACUCAAGAAGCCCUUUCUCCUCGCGUUUCUCUACUCCAUCUUUGGCUGAAGCCCUAUGGUUCCCGGUCACACGUCAAGGCCAGGGGCUUGGGCUGUGAAAUGCACAAUCAAUGCAAAAUAGUCAUGGUCUUGUAUUUUAUAUAUGCACACACACAAACACACACACAUAUUAACUUUUCUUUUUUUUUGGAGUCAUGAUAUUUUGUAUAUUUAUGUACAUUCUCCCAUGUUAUUUAUUCGUUCAUGACAUUCCACACCCUGUGGCUAUUUAUUUAUUUAUUUUCUAUCAAAUUAAGGAGAUCCCAGCAUCAAAAUUCUUCAUGGCCUUUGUGUUCGGUCGUUUUUUUUUUUUCUCCAUUCCUGUAAGCUCAUUAAAUCUAACUAAAACAAUACCCUUGUUGUCAAAUUUUAACAACUUGCGUUGAUGUUUGGGGAAGCAAAAGUCAGAAAGAUCAAUUCUCCUCUUGUGACGGUUGAUAAAUAAUCUUACAGACACACGUUUAUCAACGUGGUGUUGGGAAAUGCUGUAAAGAGCAAGAGUUUGACGGCUACUAAAAGUUCUCUAUAGUUUUUUGGUUUUUUUAUUUCGCUGCUUCAAAAUGUGGCUGAAAUGUGAGCGACUUCUCUUGUUUUAAUUCAAAAGUGUGAAAUCAUGACGGGGAGACUAUUUUUUCAUUCCAAAAUUUCAAAUAAACCUUUUG